UGCACGGUAACGCAGUGCGAGCAGGGGACCUGAAACCACCGCGCCGUCGGGGCAGGGUUGUGGCUGCCAGUCUGAGAUCGUGCCUCCCACAGUUGUUGUAGGGCAAGAAGGAAAAGGUCAGGCAGAAGGAACGUGCUGAGCCACCCUCCACUCUGCUCCAUGUUGGCUGUGUUUUCAGGCUGGCACCAUGCCCCCCCCUGCCGAGGUGACGGACCCCUCCCAUGCCCCUGCCGUCUUGCGCCAGCUCAACGAGCAGCGGCUCCGCGGUCUCUUCUGUGACGUGACCCUCAUAGCUGGAGACACCAAGUUCCCUGCUCACCGGAGCGUCCUGGCCGCCUCUAGUCCCUUCUUCAGAGAGGCCCUGCUCGCUUCGGCCCCGCUGCCUCUGCCCCCAGUUUCUGGGGGCUCCGCUCCCAACCCUGCAACCACCACAGCUGCCUCCUCCUCCUCCCCUCCAGCCUCUCCCCUGGCUUCAGCCCCACCCCGGGUCCUGGAGCUGCCAGGGGUCCCAGCAGCUGCCUUCUCCGAUGUCCUCAACUUCAUCUAUAGUGCCCGCCUGGCACUCCCAGGCGGCGGAGGGAAUGGGGCAGCCGUGGCAGAGAUCGGAGCUCUGGGGCGGCGGCUGGGUAUCCCCCGCCUGCAGGGCCUGGGAGAGGGAGGCGAUUCCUGGGUACCUUCGGGCCCGGCUCCUAUGGCCACCUCCCAGCCCGAAGAGGACAGCUUUGAGUCUGGAGCUGGGCCUAGGGCAGGUGGGGAUUGGGAAGGGGACAAGGCUGAGGUCCAGGCCCCUGACUCCCAGCCCUCCCUGUCCCGGCGGCCCCUCCCCUGCCCCCGAUGCGGAAAAAGUUUCAUUCAUCCCAAGCGCCUGCAGACCCACGAGGCCCAGUGUCGCAGGGGCUCCGGCACUCGCGGGUCUGCAGGACUGGGAGCUGGGGGCUCUGGCCCGGGCGGUCCCGCAGGAGUGGACGCCUCAGCCCUGCCCCCACCGGUGGGCUUCCGAGGGGGCCCUGAGCACGUGGUGAAGGUGGUGGGCGGCCACGUGCUCUACGUGUGUGCGGCCUGCGAGCGCUCCUACGUGACCCUGUCCAGCCUGAAGCGGCACAGCAACGUACACUCGUGGCGGAGGAAGUACCCCUGCCGGUACUGCGAGAAAGUGUUUGCCCUGGCUGAGUACCGCACCAAGCACGAGGUGUGGCACACGGGCGAGCGCAGGUACCAGUGCAUCUUCUGCUGGGAAACCUUUGUCACCUAUUAUAAUCUGAAGACCCACCAGCGAGCCUUCCAUGGCAUUAGCCCGGGCCUCCUGGCCAGCGAGAAGACGCCCAACGGAGGCUACAAGCCCAAGCUAAACACCCUCAAGCUCUACCGCCUGCUUCCCAUGCGGGCAGCCAAACGGCCCUACAAGACCUACAGUCAGGGGGCCCCAGAGGCCCCCCUGUCUCCCAGCCUCCAUACAGCAGCCCCUAUGGCAAUGUCAGCCAGCUCCUCACCUUCACCCCGACCCCCGCCUGCCCCGGAGCCUGGGCCGCCCCCGUCUGUCAUCACCUUUGCUCAUCCGGCCCCCUCUGUCAUUGUCCACGGGAGUAGCGGCGCCGGUGGAGCUGGGAGCGGGCCAGCCAGCACCGGAGGGUCCCAAGCGGCCUCAGUCAUCACGUACACGGCCCCGCCGAGACCCCCCAAGAAACGGGAGUACCCACCUCCUCCCCCCGAGCCUGCAGUACCACCCACCGGCCCAGCCUGCACCCCCCUCGGCCCAGCCACGGCUGCGGGGCCAGCCGUGGCCACCGAGGAGGCCAAGGCCCGGACCCUGCGGGCUGGGAGGACUCUGACUUACACGGCCAAGCCGGUGGGUGGGGUGGGCGGGAGCGGGGGUCCUGCCGCGGGGGCGGGCCGGGGCUCCGCUCAGCUCCAGGCUCCUCCUCCGCUAUGUCAGAUCACUGUGCGAAUCGGGGAAGAGGCCAUUGUCAAGCGCCGCAUCUCAGAGACUGACCUUCGUCCUGGGGAGCUGAGCGGAGAGGACGUGGAGGAGAGCGAGGAGGACGAGGACGAGGAGGAGGACGAGGACGAGGACGAGGAGGGCGAGGAAGAAUCCAAGGCUGGCGGGGAGGACCAGCUCUGGAGGCCCUACUACUCCUACAAACCGAAGCGCAAGGCUGGGGCUGCGUGCGGGGCCAGCGGCGGGGGCACCGGGGCGCCCCGACGCCGACCGGCGCGCUGGAGGCCGAAGCCGGACCGCCGGGGCUGGGAAGAGGCGGCCGAGGGGCCGGCGGGGCGCGCGCGGAGGCACCGCUGCGGGGACUGCGCGCAGACCUUCAGCACCCCGAGGAAGCUGCGGAAGCACCAGGAGGCCCACGGCGCGGGCUCCCACGGCUCCAAGGCCGGGCGGAGGUCCUCCGCUCGCUUCACCUGCCCCCACUGCGCCAAGGUGUGCAAGACCGCGGCCGCCCUGAGCCGCCACGGGCAGAGGCACGCCGCGGAGCGGCCCGGGGGCACCCCCACGCCCGUCAUUGCCUACUCCAAGGGCAGCGCGGGCGCCAGGCCUGGGGACGUCAAGGAGGAAGCCCCCCAAGAGAUGCAAGUGUCUUCAUCCAGCGGGGAAGCAGGUGGCGGGAGCGCCGCCGCCGAGGAGGGCUCCGGGACAGCCUCACUCCAGGACCCUGUCAUCUCGGGGGGUGAGGAACCCCCGGUAGCAGGGGCGGCCGGCUACUUGUACCCACCUGUGCAGGAAUUUCCACUGGCCCUGAUAGGGGGCAACCGGGAGCCCAGCAGUGGCAGAGGAAAAGCUGGGAGUGAGGGUCCGGUGGGGGCUUCGGAGGGAGACCGGAUGGAAGGGAUGGGGGCAGCUAAAGUCACCUUCUAUCCCGAGCCCUACCCACUUGUCUAUGGCCCCCAGCUCCUCGCUGCCUACCCUUACAACUUCAGCAACUUGGCCGCGCUCCCGGUUGCUCUUAACAUGGUCCUACCUGAUGAGAAGGGUGGGGGAGCCCUUCCCUUCCUCCCGGGAGUCUUUGGCUACACGGUAAAUCCUCAAGCGGCGCCCUCUAGUCCCCCAACCCCGCCACCCCCAACUCUUCCUCCACCAGUUCCCCCUAAGGCAGAAGGAGAAAGGGCAGAGGUGGUGAGAACCCAAAAGGGAGAUGUGGGAUGAGCUCUAGGUAGGGCCAGACACCCCCUUUCACCAGAUGCCACCCUCCCUGAACCCUCCCCCCACUAUCAGCUCCCUGGUCUCCCUGCCCUUUGGGAGCCCCACCACACACUUGUGCAGGGACUUGGGGACCCCUGGAGCUCAGGAGUCAGGUUGCUUUGUGUGAGAUUGUAGUUUUCCCAUCUUCUGGGAAUGGAUCUUUUGGUGGUUCCCCCUCUCAACCUUCUCCAGGGAAUGGCCUACGUGAGAGGCAAGGCCAGCUCCCAUCCCUUCUCCAGCCCUUGGGGCAACUCAGCAAUAUACUUAACUGAAUCUCUACUCACGGCCCCACCAGCUCUGAAUGUGUAACCUGCUCCCUUGAUGUGUAAACCUAGGGGGAGACCAUCUCUUGCACCUAAUGAUGCCUGCUAGUUCUGAAGCUUCCUCGAUGCCCUUUCCAGAUGCUUCCUAGCACAUUCCAUUCUUGUGGCCCAGAGCCUGGACCAGACCAUUGUGAUACCUGACCCACCAGCCUGGAAGCAUGGCUUUGGAUUCCGUUCUUCCCAAGGGUGGGUUUCUCUGUCCUUGUCUCCUUCACAUUAAGAUGCCAUGCCUUCCACGCCUUUGGGUCUUCCGUACACCUUCCUGUGCUCCUAGACUUUGGAGAUGGCCUAACCCAAUCCAGGUCAAAAGGAGGUGGCUGGAGGUGUUCCAUGGCUGAGCACUUCUCUAGUCCAGGGCAGAGAAAUCUUGGCCCUACUUUGACCCCCAAAUCCAGUGACUCCUGGAUUCUUCCAAGACGAAAGAGGUGAAUAGAUCAUACUCUUCCUGCCUUUAUAUUAUUUGGCCUUUCCAAGGCUAAACCAAAUUUGGGGGCCAGAAGGGAAGAGCUCCUGCAGGAUGCAGAGUGUCUACUUUCUCCCUGCUUUUCCCCUUUGCUGGUUUCUCCCAGACUAGACCAAAUAGCCAGAAAAAUGAUGGGGGGGGGGGGUCUGAUGGGUGGUAAGCCCAAGAUUUGCACAUGACCUUCCACCCUUACCUUGAUCCCCAUUUCCCCCAGUGUUGCCCUCCCACCAGCCACUCCAGAUGGCUUGGGGGAACCAUCCUAGCCUCCUGGUGGGCUUUGGGGUAUUCCUACCAACGUUCCCUCCAAAAUAGCACCUUAUAUCUCAUCAUUGACUCAGUUCCCCACACCCAAAGAUCCCAACCUAGGGAGGGGGUGCAGGGACCUUAAAUAGUCCCUAGUCUCUAAUUUGCACUAGUUAACCUUGGUCAGGGGUCCCUGUGUUUCCUUCCAUUGGGGAAGAUGAAGAAAUGUUUUGUCCUAAUUCUCUUUGAAAAUGGGGCCUUCCUGCUAUGUGAUUGGAUAAACAUUUCUCACUCCCCCAAAAACCAGCUCAUAAGGGGAAGGCCAAUUCAGAGGAGCAAAUUCGGUAUGGGAAUUGGAGGAGUGAGACUUUAAGAGGAGUCAAGGUUGUUCUCAAAAUGGCAGCCUUUCUCUCAGCUACUGUUUUCUGGGGCCAAGAUGGCUGCCCUCUACUUACAAUGGAGAGGGUAAGAUCAUGACUUUUGGAGGGAGGAGAGUGUGGGAGGAUGAGGAGCAUCCUCCUGCCCUCCCAGCAUAUCAGGAGGGAAGGGAGUGAGGUUCUCCACAAGCUUCCUAAAUAGUAACCACAGAGGGGUCACUCUGUCUCUUUGCACUUUUUUGGUCUUGGCCACAGCCUGAGUGAAGAAUUUCCUACUGAAUGUACCAAGUUCCAAUUUUUAAGGGGCAAAGUUUCAAAUGGGAAAAAAAGAAAUCACUAAAAAUUCCCACAAAUCUUGUUUCUGGCACUUUAAAAAAUGCUAAAAAAACUAAUAAAGAAUACAUAUAUAUAUCUACACACAAAUUAUAUAUAUAUAUAUCUAUAUAUACAGCGGAACCACAGGAGAGACUGAGGAGGGCCUGGAGGCAGGGUACAGUCCUGUACUCGUCACCCGUACUUCUCUGAGGCAGUCAGGCACAGGAGAAUGGAAGGGAUUGAGGAUAGUCUAGGGAUUAUGGAUUUCAGAAUAGGCCAAAUUUCCAAAAUUGUGAACAUUUUAGGAGAGAUUGUAGACAUUUAUUUUUUUAAUAUUAAGGAAAGCAGCAUCCAGAAUCUGGUGAUUCUGGGCAACAAAUGAGAUUCUGGCAAAGCAGAGAUUGAAAAAAAUAUGUAUUUGAGCUGGGGAACUUGAAUAUCGUGAGUUUCAGAUGUUGGAAAUUUGGGGUUUUGCAAUUUUGUCAUUUGAAAACGAUUAAGUCUUGUCAAUUUGUGCCCUUUCCCCUAUGUUCCCUGGGAAGGAGGUGAUGGAGUGGGAAGGCCACUGGUUCUGUGCCACAGCACGCAAGAUUUAGAAUUCUACAGACUAGCUCUAUACGUAGUGAGGACCCAGAUUUAGAGAAACUGACCAAUAUUUAUCUCCGCAUUUGUGUGUGUGUGUCCAACUCUCUAGGCCAAUAAACCAACAAGACAAACGAA